AUGACAAUUAGGACCAACAGCUUUAGUGAGGCUGAUCCCACAGCCAUCAUCCUCCCCAAGGGCUACAAUCUCAACACACUAAAGCUAGGCGACUCGUGCGAGUCCACGAGCGUCAUGCUCGAGAGCUCCCUUUCGUUCAACAGCUUAAUCGAGGGCAUCACGAAAUCGUACCACGAUGGGUCGACGACCGGGUGUGAGGAUCAUCGUGCCUUUCCCGAGCCGGCCGUGAUGUUUUCUCCGAAGCCCGUGAGCGAACUCGAUGCAGCCGCUCUCAAGCUGCAGAAGGUCUACAAAAGUUACCGGACCCGAAGGAACCUUGCUGAUUGUGCAGUUGUGGUCGAGGAGCUGUGGUGGAAGGCCUUGGAUUUCGCGGCCCUUAGGAGGAGUUCGGUCUCGUUUUUCGAAGAAGACAAGCAUGAGACGGCUGUUUCCAAGUGGGCGAGGGCACGGACGAGAGCUGCCAAGGUUGGAAAGGGAUUGUCCAAGGAUGAGAAGGCUCAAAAGCUAGCCUUACGGCACUGGCUCGAAGCUAUCGAUCCGCGUCAUCGGUAUGGGCACAAUUUGCAUCUCUAUUAUAAUGUGUGGUUCAAGAGCGAAAGCGAACAGCCCUUCUUUUACUGGUUGGAUGUUGGAGAUGGGAAGGAAGUAAACAUUGAGAAGUGCCCGAGGACAAAUCUACAACGGCAAUGCAUCAAAUAUCUUGGACCCAAAGAGAGAGAAGCGUAUGAAGUCACGAUUGAAGACGGGAAGCUCGUCUACAUGCAAAGUGGUGCAUUGGUGGACACGCUCGAGGGCUCGAAAUGGAUAUUUGUUCUUAGCACGAUGAGGAAUUUGUACAUCGGGCAGAAGCAAAAGGGUCAGUUCCAGCACUCGAGCUUCCUAGCUGGCGGAGCAAUAACGGCUGCUGGAAGAUUGGUUGCUCAUGCUGGAGUUCUUGAUGCUAUUUGGCCAUACAGCGGUCACUAUCUCCCGACCGAAGAGAACUUCAACGAAUUCAUAAGCUUCCUAGAGGAGCAUUGUGUUGAUCUCACAAAUGUAAAGAAAUGUGCAACGGAUGAAGAUCGUCCUCCUCAAGCCGAAAAGGCCUCGAUUCCAACAGAAGCAUCUAGUUCGAAUCUCAAACAAUUAGAAACCAUUAGCAGCACGUCUAACGAAAAUGGGCCGGCCGGGAAGCCAGAAACCACUUGCCAUGAGGAGAAUAAGCCCGUUUACACCUUGGCCAGGCGCAUGUCCCGCAAGUGGAGCACUGGGCUAGGUCCGCGUAUCGGGUGUGUGCGUGAGUACCCGGCCGAGCUCCAGUUCCGGGCCCUCGAGCAUGUCAAGCUCUCGCCCAAAGUGUCUUUUCGCAACUACGGCCCGAUCCCAUCUCCUCGGCCCAGCCCGAAGAUUAGGCUCUCUCCUAGAGUCGCGCAUUUGGGCCUGCCGAGCCCGAGGACCCCUAUUCCUACAGCUAACUGA